UUUGAUGAAGUUGCCAGCAUUAUUCAAAGAGGUCGAGAUCACGGAGUACCACCUUACAACUGGUUCAGACAAUUCUGUGGUCUUCCCAUCGUUCGAUCUUUCAAUUCCAGAGUUUUUGGUGACGCUGGUCCUUAUCUUAGAAAAGUCUACAAGAGUGUUGAUGAUAUUGAUAUUUAUACUGGUGCUAUGUCAGAACCCAAUCUUCCAGGUUCUCUUUUGGGCGAAACAUUCUCUUGUAUUUUUGCUCGGCAAUUCCGAGAUCUGAAAUUUGGUGACAGUUUCUUC